CCUCAGUGCCCAGUGAGUCCUCCUCUGGAGCUCACCACAGCCUUCACACUGAAGAGAUGCUACCACUUCUCUGCUGCUCCCUCGUGCUCAUCUUUGCUCAGCAGCCCACCAGCGAUGCUCAAAGAAACGGGCAACAGCCGGCUCCCAGAGGAGGACGGGAGCCGUCCGAAAGGCGGCAGUUCUGCCAGUGGCCUUGCAAGUGUGCUGAGAGGAAGUACUGUGCCCCGGGAGUGAGCUCCGUCCUUGACGGCUGCGGCUGCUGCAAAAGCUGUGCGCGGCAGAUAGGGGAGCGCUGCAAUGAGAGAGAUGUGUGUGACCCACACAAGGGCAUGUACUGUGACUUCUCAACAGACAAGCCUAGAUAUGAGGUUGGAGUGUGUGCGUACAUGAUGGCGGUUGGCUGCGACCUGAAUGGGGUCCACUAUGAGAACGGGGAAACCUUCCAGCCCAGCCCCCUCUAUAAGUGCACAUGCAUAGCCGGAGCCAUCGGCUGCACGCCUGCUUUCAUCCAGAAGCCUGCUGGCCUGCUGGGCCCCGCUCCACUGAUGGGCAACAGACCGGCCGGCCUCCGCAACGGCCCAAAGCCCGGCAAACACCAGCAGGAGACCACAUACAUGACAGCUUGGAAGAAGAACUGUCUGGUCCAGACGACCCCCUGGAGCCCCUGCUCCAAGACCUGCGGACUGGGCAUCUCCGUCCGCGUCAACAACGACAACGCAAAAUGUGAGAUGAGGAAAGAUCGGCGCCUGUGUCUGCUGAGGCCGUGUGAAAAAAACCUGCUGAAGAGCAUCAAGGUGCCAAAGGGGAAGACGUGCAGACCAAAGUUCCAGGCGAAGAAGGCAGAGAAGCUGCGCCUGUCGGGCUGCACCAGCACCAAGAAGUUCAGACCCACGUACUGUGGUGUUUGCAAGGACAAACGCUGCUGUGUCCCCAACAAGUCCCGCAUGAUCAAAGUGAACUUCACCUGCAAAACGGGCUCCAGCGUCCAGUGGAAGAUGCAAUGGAUCUCGUCCUGCGUGUGCCAGAAGAAGUGCACGGAUCCAGAAGACAUGUUUUCUGACCUGCAGUUACUGUAAAAAGCUCCAGAGACAAUCAGCCCGAAGAAAUUCUACAAGAACAAAAACAAAAGACAAAAACAUUCCUUGAAAUCAGUCAUCAAAUGAAGGAAAAAAUGUUAUGCUGAAAGAUUUUUUGAGCUCUGUCUUUCAG